ACUAACUCCAGCUAGCCGCUGCUCCACUUCAUCUCCCGUCUCUUCACUGCCGCUGCACCAGCAGGAUUGGAAGCGAUCUGAGAUGACUUCUACAGACACAAGUGUGGUGAUUCACGUGACCAUCCGGACGUUUGAUGGUAAAUGUCGACCGAUGGACAUCGACACAGCAGACACUGUGUUCAACGUGACCACAAUAAUGAGCAAGCAGAUUGAGAGGAAACCUGAGGACCUGAUGAUGGUCUUUGAUGGUUGCAUCCUGGAGGAUGAGAAGAGGAUCCAGGACUGUGGGAUCCGAAGAGGGAGUCAAGUCAACCUGAUCCAACGCUACAAAAACCACAAGACAUCCCUGCUGAAACGGAAGAACUCCUAUUUAAUGCGAUAGUGCAGCGGACGUGGAAAUGCAAAUAAGGUUUUUUUUUUUUUUUUAUGACAGACGAGAAUUAUAUCAGCUUCCAAAACGAUGAUGAACUCGUAUGAAGAAAAAAAAAACUCUAUAUACAAAACGAUUUCCUGUUUUCAUGAACUGAAUGUUCUGUCACGAUAUAUUUUAGGAUGAGGAAGAUAAUUAGUCUUUUUUUGUUUUUUAUUUACACCACAAAAGGCGAAACGACCCAGAAAAAAAGCGCUUUUUAUUUAAAGACAGCAGAGUCGUCGCUCGGCCGCUGGUAUAAACACGAGGAGGCAAAGGUGGGCAUUGUAAAACACAGAGAAGCAUUGUAAAGCACAGAGAGGUCUGAUAAAGCAUAGGGAAGCAUUGUAAAGCACAGAGAGGUCUGGUAAAGCAUAGGGAAGCAUUGUAAAGCACAGAUAGGUCUGGUAAAGCAUAGGGAAGCAUUGUAAAGCACAGAGAGGUCUGAUAAAGCAUAGGGAAGCAUUGUAAAGCACAGAGAGGUCUGGUAAAGCAUAGGGAAGCAUUGUAAAGCACAGAGAGGUCUGGUAAAGCAUAGGGAAGCAUUGUAAAGCACAGAGAGGUCUGGUAAAGCAUAGGGAAGCAUUGUAAAGCACAGAGAGGUCUGGUAAAGCAUAGGGAAGCAUUGUAAAGCACAGAGAGGUGUGGUAAAGCAUAGGGAAGCAUUGUAAAGCACAGAGAGGUCUGGUAAAGCAUAGGGAAGCAUUGCAAAGCACAGAGAGGUCUGGUAAAGCAUAGGGAAGCAUUGCAAAGCACAGAGGUCUGGUAAAGCAUAGGGAAGCAUUGUAAAGCACAGAGAGCUGUGCAAAACUGCAUAAUUAUCCAGCUGUGUGCAAUGUUCAUAUCAAUGGUAAAAUCUAAUGGUUUUUAAAACCAAAUUAGCUGCUUAAUGUCCUGUGAUAGCAUGUGUGUGUUUGUGUGUGUCCACGUGUACAUCCCUUAUCAAAUGUAUUUUUAAAAUACAAAUCUAAAUAAAAUAAAGGA